AUGGUUUCUCAAAUAGCAGCAUCUGUACUCACAAAGUAUUUGGGUGAAUAUAUUGAUGACCUAAAUAAAGAUAAUAUCAAGCUAAGUUUUUUAAGUGGAGAUGCAGUCCUUCAAGAUUUAAAAAUCAAAAAAACAAUAUUAGCUCAAUUAUUUCCAAAUGUUAUUGUGAAGCAAGCAGUUGUUAGAAAAUUAUCAUUACAUAUACCGUGGAAUAAUCUAAAAGGGAAGCCGGCUAUAAUAAAAAUAGAAGGUAUAUAUGUUUUAGCAGAGCCGAGUAAUGAGUUUGAUGAACAAUACUAUAGAAAGAAGUUUCAAGAUGAAAAGCAGGUAAAAUUAAAUAUACAGGAGCUAAUAAGGGCAAAUAAAAAGGCACAAAAAUCAAAUAAUAAUGCUAGUAAUAGUAGCCAACAACAGCAACAAGCAGAUGAAUCAUCAACUUCAUUCGGAAGUAAAUUGCUGCAAACUGUAAUCGAUAAUUUACAACUCUACAUAGAUUCGGUUCAUAUUAGGUUCGAAGAUGUCGCAAAUAAAAGACCGUUCUCGGUCGGUAUAACAUUAAAUAGCUUAAUAGCAGAGUCGACCGAUGCAACUUGGAACCCAACAUUUUUAAAGAAUGAAAAUACAAUAAUACACAAGAUUGUUAAUUUAGAUUGUUUAUCAAUUUAUUGGAAUUCAAAUAGUGCAAAAUUAAAAUAUACAGACAUCGAUGAUCUCUCAUCAAAAUUAAAAUCAAUGAUAGUUAAUAAAAAUAAUAACGAUAAUAACGAUAGUAAUAAUAAUAAUAAAUAUCAACAACAAUAUCUUUUAACACCAAUUUCAGCAAAAUUAAAAGUAAUAUUAAAUAAAUCAAUUAUCCCAAGCGAAAUAAUACCCAAAUAUACAUUAAAUUUUGAAUUUGGGUCAACAGAAAUAUCAUUAUCAGACUCACAGUAUACAGAUAUUACAAAUUUAUUAGAAAGUUUUACACUAUUCGAAAAGAGUAUUGAAUUUAGAUCUUCGAGACCAAAAUCAUCAAUUAAGCAAUCCCCAAAGGAAUGGUGGAUAUAUUCGAUAGCAGCUAUUAGACAAAGGGUGCAUAAAGAAAGAUAUAUUCAUUCCUGGUCUUAUAUAUCCGAAUUUUUACAUGACAAGAAAGAAUAUAUUAAAUUAUUUAGAAAACUAAAGAAGAAUGCAAUUCACCAAGCCGAGCAAACAAGGUUAGAUGCUUUAGAAUGGAAAUUAUCUUUUGAUCAAAUUUUAUUAUUUAGAAAUUUGGCCUAUAAGUUUAUCGAAAAAGAAGAGUUACUAGAAAAAGAAAAGGAAAGAGAAAGGGAAAAAGAGUUAGAAAAGAAAAGAUUACAACAGGCUUCAUCAACACCUCCUAUGCCAGCAUUAUCUUCACCUUCAUUAUCAUCAUCAACUACUACACCACCUGCAUCUGGCGGCUGGUUCUCAUCUUGGUGGAAACCAAUUUCAAAUGCGGCAGUAACAUCUUUAUCAACCAGUGUCACAGGUGGUUCAUACUCUCCAAGAUCAAAUAAUGCGACUGUUGCUGAUAUUACAUUAUCAAGAGAUGAUUGGGGCGAAAUUUAUGAUACCAUUGGUUACAGCGAAAAAGAAAGCGAUAUGGUAAAGAGUCAAACAGAUACUAAAAAAGAUGGUAAAGAUUUUUCUCACAUAGUUAAAACUGAUAUUACCUUCAGAUUAAUUAAAGGUAUUGUAACAUUAAAAAGAAAGAAUAAGGCACUGGCUGUAUUAUCACUUAAUGAUAUAUUGGUACAAAUGAAAUCUAAAUCAACAUCAUUCCAAUUUAAUGCAAAUUUAAAGGAUUUAGAAUUAAUAGACUAUUCAACACCAAAUACACAAUUUCCUAAUUUAAUAUCACCUCUAUUAAAUAGAUUCGAUUAUGGUACCACUGAUACCAAUAAAGUCAAGCAUCCAAUAUUUAAUUUAGCUUUGGAAAGUUUUUCACCAUCUGAUAAUAAUGUAAAUUAUAAAUUAUCAAUUCAAUCUAAACCAUUAACAAUUGUAUAUUAUCCAAAAUUUAUUUCAACUAUAAAUAACUUCUUUUUUAAGAAGAAUGAAGAACAAGACGAAAUUAUUAAUGACGUACUCGAAGAUUUAGAAAAGAAGGCUCAAGAAACUUUAGAAUCUUUCAAAUCGCAAACUAGAGAUAAAUUAAUGUUGGCAAUUUCAAAUAGAACUACUCUAUCAAUCGAUUUAAAUUUAGAGGCACCUGUUGUAAUUGUUCCCGAGUCAAUCACCAAUGCAAAUACAAAUUUAUUAAUUUUGGAUUUGGGUAAAUUAUUAAUUAAUCAUUCACCAAAAUUAUCAAAAUUACAGCAACAAAAUAAUAAUAACAAUACUAAUAGUAAAGAUUGGGAAGAAGAGUUUUAUGAUGAAUAUUUAUUUAAAUUGGUAAACACACAAAUAUUACUAUCGAACCUAAAGUAUGACUGGAAAGAUCAAAAACAAGUCGAAAAAUUUAGAAUGAACAUAGCAAAUCCAUUAAAUGCAAAUUUCUCCUUAAAGAUUAGUAAACUUCAAAACCAAUUUUUAACAUCACUAAAAUUGUUUAUUUCUUUUGAUGCUGUAGAGUUUUAUUUGUCAUCAAGUCAGUAUGUAGAUUUAAUGAACAUUAUCCAAUCUGCAACCUCUAUAGAUUCACAACAAUUGGCACCAUCAUCAAUGGAAGAUUCAAUAAUGUUAGCAUCGGUUUAUGGUAUGAAUGAAAGUAUUUAUAACCCAAACAAAGCCCCCACAAUUAAAUCUCCAACAUCUUCAAACUCUAACACACAGAAAAAAAAAAAGAAGAGCUAUUCAAAAGAGUUUAUAGAUUCAUAUAAAAUGGUGGAGGCAGUAUUUAGUGUAGAUAAGUUUAAUGUGCAUUUACGUUUGGAAAAUGGAGAUUUGGUGCACCAUAUGGCAUUACUAUAUUUAAGAGGUAUAGAGGGUAUAUAUGUUCAAAAAUUGUAUGAUACCAAUUUAGAAUUAACCAUUAGAGGUAUGUGGAUAGAGGAUUGUUUCCAAAAGUCAGCUGGUAAUGGUAAUUAUUUAGCAACAUCAACAAAUAGAUUCAGUCCAUCUGAUACUAUAGAUUCUGCUCAACACAUCAGUGUCAUUAGAUUUAAGUUUAAUCAGAUUUCUAAAGAGUCACCAUACUAUAGCAACAUCGAAAAGUUUUUAGAUAUUCAACUACCUCAAAUUAAUUUAAUCUUAAAUAGAAAGACAGUGGCCGGUUUAAUAGAGUUUUUAAAUAGCGUAUCAACAUUAACAAAAGAAAGACAAUCAAUUAAUAGUAAUAAUAAUAAUAUCUCAUCACCACCAUUAGUUUAUGAAAAGUUUUCAUCAUCUUCUUCACCACCUACCAGUUUUAAUUUAAAAAAUAGUUUCUCACAAGAUUCUUUAUCAUCAAGCGUAUAUUUAAAAAAUACAAGCAAUAGGGCUAUAUCAUCAUCUAAUAGUACAUUGACCGUAUCAACAAUAACAAUGAAGGCUACUAUAAAGAUAGAUCUCGUUAGAAUUCUUUUAACCCGAGAGAAUAACAAUCCAUUAAUCAAAGCAUCAUUCACUGGAUUCCAUUGUAUUACCGAUUCUUAUAGCAAUAAAACUGAAGUUAAUGGUAAGCUAGAAUCCCUCAAAAUUCAUGACAUUACUCUAGAAGGCAGAAACUAUCGAACAAUUUUAACUACUAGAGAAAGAAAGGUAUCAACUAAUAGCAACAUGUCAAACUCUAUGAAUCAAUCAAAUGAUGGAUCAUUUGAUAUAGAUAUGGAGAAUUUCGAUACAUUAUCAAACCAUAGUGGCGGUAGUUUUUCCUCACCAUCAGCAUCUGUUACAUCUUCAACUACCUCAUUAUCAUCUUCCUCAUCCCCAUCCCCAUCAUUGGUAUACUUUAAAUUUGAAUCUAACAAUGACGAUAAUAAUCAAUAUUUGAAGGUUAGUCUUAGUAGUAUCAGAUAUAUUUUCUUAAAGAGAUUUGUUGAGGAGCUUAAACUAUUCUUAAAUAAUGUAAACAUUAUGAGAGAGUAUUUAAAGAGUUCAAUUUAUUCAGCAGCCACAGCAAUUUCAAACAAUAGAACCAAUUUAUUUUAUGAAAUUGAAAUUCAAAACCCAUACAUUAUAGUUCCAUUAUCAUCAUUAUCAAAUAAAAUAUUCAUCAUAGAUUUAGGUAGAAUCACAAUCAAGAAUCAAUUCGAAAAACAUGAGGCCACAGUAAAAACCAACCCAUUAGAAGAAAUCUCUACUGAACCAACAAUACCAAUUAAUACAGUAUUGGAGGAAGUCUUAAUUGAAAAAAUUUCAAUCGAUGCAAAUAAUAUAAAGUUGUUAUCUGGACUUAAUACAGAGAUUAGAAAAAAUCAAAAAAGUGGUUCAAAUCAACGUUCAUAUGGUACACUGGUUAGCGAUGUUAAUCUAUCAAUCAAAUUAAAGACACCACUAUUCACCGAUGUUAAUUUAAAUGAAUACUUAAAGCACUCGCUCAAGUUACCUUCAUGGGAAAGACAUUUCACUAUAUCCCAUUUCGAAUUUAAUGUUAGCGAAUUCGAAUUAAAAUGUAUGAUAGAUUUACUCGAUGGAAAUUUAUCAGAAUUCUCUUCAGAAAUUGUGCAUGAUGCAAAUUCCAGCCAACAAAAGCAGAAGGAAAAGGAAAUCGAGGAACAAAAGAAACUUGAAGAGCAACAACAACAACAAAGAUUUGAUGAUGACCAGGAUGAAAGCGAACAAGUUAGACAUCAAAAUAGAAUUGUUCAAUUUUUGAAAGAUCAAGUAGGUUACACAUAUUGCAAACUCGGUAAAUUUUCAAUUAUGUAUAUGAAGCGUGACGGUACGGAUUUAAAUGAUCGUUUAGUAUUAUUCUAUAUUAAUGAAACUAAAAUGGAUAUUGUAAAUGAACCAAUGGAGACUUCAAUGUUGGUGGAAAUCAGGGGUAUAAUGAUGAAGGAUUUUUCCAAAGAUACUCAUCCAUCACUUCGUAAUAUUCUUUCACCUUUACAGCCAAUUGGUUUAGAAAACUCAGUAGCAACCGAUUCAUUAGCUGAUUUUCCACCACAAGUAGUUAUUAAAGGUUCAAUUAAACCUCCGCCAAUACAACAAUCUUUAUUCCAAAUUUCUGUCACUGGUGUUUAUAUGGUUUUCGUUCCUCACUCUUGGAUUCCAGUUCAAGAUUCAAUUAUUAAACUAACAAAGUUUGCUACCGAUGCAUGGAAUAGAUAUAGUGUUAAGGUAUUUGGUGAAGCUCCUGUGUCUGAAGAAAUUAUCCAAUCUGGUUUAUCAUUGUUUGCGCUUUCCAUUAAGGAUAUUAAAAUUUCAUUACCAGGUGAUACUACUGUAAAUGGUGAUGGUGAAAAGGAGUAUGCACUUUUCAUUAGAUCAUCUCUUGAUAUCCAAACCACAAGCAGAGGUGCCAUGGGUGUUGAAACUGUUACUCUAAUCGAAGCUGCUCGUAUUCAGGUUUAUCGUAGUCAAAUGAUUGCUUCUGAUACUAGUAGAGCAAAUUUUAAAAUUAUUUCACCAUUCAAAAUUGUUUUUCAAAAUACCUCAACCCUAUUAAAUCUAGAAUCAAAUUUAUCCGUGGAGAAUAUCAAUGUAAACUUUUCAUAUCUAGAUUUUAAACUCUUAAUGAAGAUUGCCAAUUCUAUUAUGGAGUCAAACAAUUUAAUAUUUGAACAACAGAAACAAAGCCAUUACUUAAAGAAAUAUAAAGAAAAAGAAGAAGGCGAUGAAGAUGAUGAUCAAGAAGAGAAUGAACAUAUGGGAUCAAAUAGCAGUUUUUUACUUUCACCAAGGUCAGAAAACUCUGAGGAGCUUAUUCCAGUUAAAGUGGAAACUCAACUUCAAAAAUACUUAUUCGUAUCUAUUAAUAAUGGUGAAUUCAUUUUAAAUGACGAUCAUAAUGAUGUAUCACCAGUUCCGUUAUUAUCAAUUAGAUUGGAAGAAUUAAAAGGUAAUGUUUUUUCGUUCCCACAAAAGAAUCAAAUGGCACUUUCAGUCGAAGCAAAAACUAAAGCUGGUUAUUUCAAUAAAAAUAUUGGAAUUUGGGAACCAUUAAUCGAAAAUUGUGAAUUUUCUUAUACAUCAAAUAAUUCAGUAGAAGGUGGCUGGAUGAUUAAUUUAUCAACUAAAAUACCAAUUUACUUUAAUAUUACAAAGAUUUUUAUUGAUACUUCAAUUUCAACAUAUCAAAUUUGGGCUGAUGAUUAUUAUAAAAAAACAAACAUCAAAAAAGAUUUUAAUUCAGAUGGUCAAAGCAGUGAUGACAUUAAUAAAAAUAAUGAAGAGGAGGAAAACCAAGAAAUUAAAAGAGUUAAAAAAUAUCCAUAUUACAUCAAAAACGAUUCAGGAGUUGAAAUUUGGUAUUGGAUCAAUAGUAACGAUAUCAGAAAAUUAGCACCAAAUAAAGAAAUAGGUUUAGAUCCAAAAGAUGCAUCACAACAGUUGGAUUCAUCAAAAGAAAAGAUUGAACUAGAAAGAAAGAUUUCAUUCCAAUUGUUUGGUAACUUUAAACAACUACUAAAUUUACCAAUGGAUAGUGUUGGUACAUAUACACUUCAUCCAUUAGAAGAGUUUAAAUCUGUUAAACUACUUUAUGAUAUUUCAUAUCGUAAUGGCUCAAAAGUUCUUAGUCUACAUUCCAAUUUCAGCAUAAAUAAUAAUACAGAUAUACCAAUAGUUGUUCAUAUUACCGCUGUAUUUGAUAAAGAACCAAAAUCAAUUGAAAUUCAAGUUAACCCACAUAACAAAAUACCAAUUCCAGUUGAGUUUACAAUUGGUAAAAUCAAGUAUAAACCAUAUAAUUUAGGUUAUGAAUAUUCGGUCGAAAAAAUUGAUUGUUCAAGUGUUAUACAACUAUUUAAAUCAAAAUCAACUUUAAAUAGUGGUAAAGAAAAUAAUAACAAUUCAGUUUCAUCUAAAAUGAUUUGUAGACAUACAACAAAAUUACCAUUUGUAUUUUUAUCAACAAUCGAAAAAAAUAAUUUAGAAAAUAAAAAUAUUAUUCAAAUUUCAAUCAAUCCCCCAAUUAUGGUUGAAAAUGUAUUGGCUUGUGAUAUGAAUAUUAGAGUUUACCACGGAAAGAACAAAAAGAUAAUUGGGUCACCAUUCCUUAGCUGCAUGAUUCCAAUGGGCAAAAAAUUACCACUACUUGUUUACGAUCCUCUUCAAGAUAUCUAUAUGGAUUUCCAAAUCUACGACUUCCCAUGGUCACCAAUAUUUUUAAUAGAUAGUAUGGUUGGGUUAACAAUUCCAGAAAAGAUUAAAAUUGAAGAUAAAAGACAUCAACCACUGCUAAUAUCAUUUGAUAACAGAAUUCAGCCAAAUGGAAGUAGAUACGUUAGCAUUUAUUGUGAAUAUUGGCUAAUUAAUCAAACCGGGUUACCACUUUAUUUUAGACAUCAUAUAGGUGCCCAAACUAUUGAUCCAGCAGGUCAAAUUCCAACAAAUGAAAUUCCAAAUAAUAUAGAUAAACCUUCAGAUAGUCGUAGUUGGUACACUAAAGAUUGGAACCAUCCUACCGCUCCUUUCAUGUUUUCAUAUAAUGACUCAAAUAUCAUUGGAGGCAGAUUCUCUCUUAAAGUUUUUGAUUCAAAUUGGUCAUCACCAUUCUCAUUAAACUCCCAAUCAUCAGCAAACUCAAAUAUCCAAAUUAAUGAAGAAAAGACUAAUGAAGAAAAAGAGAUCAAAAAUGUUACUAAAAAGCUUCCACCAAAAACAAACUAUAAUUUAUCUGUUAGUAUUCUACCAUCAAAUUCUAAAUUCUGGCGUACGAAAGUAGUUACAUUUAGUCCAAUGUAUUUAUUGGUAAACUCAACACCUUUUAGAAUUUUUUAUCAACAAUUUGAUUGUGAAACAAAUACCCACUCAAUUAUUCAAGAUCAAUCUUUACCAUUCCAAUUCCCCUCAUCAAGAAAUGAAAAAUUAAUAAGAAUUGGUAUUUUUGAUCAUAACAAUAAUAAUAAUUCAAAUACUAAUAAUAUUAAAUGGAGUGGUUAUUUUAACCCACAAUUACUUGGCCAAAUUGUUUUAAGAUUAAGAAAUGAACACUCUGAUACAAUGCAGGUAUUGAACAAAGAUAAAAAGGAUUCAGAAAUCUCAACAAAAAAAAGAAUUCAAACCUUAUUACUACCCUUGGUCCAAUCAUCAUCACUUACCCAAUCUCAACAACAGCAGCUCGAACCAAUAUUUAGUGAUAGCCAAUCACCAUCAAUUAUGGAUGAACUAAGAACAUUUAUUUCGGUGACUAUUAGAGUUAAAUCAACAAAAAGCAUUACAACUACAAUGAUUAUUUUAAAUGAACAAAACCCAGACCUUCCACCCUAUAUUAUAAACAAUAAAACCAAAUUUUCAUUCUGGAUUAGACAAAAGAAAACUGAACUUUGGGAUAAGGUGCUACCAAAAACUUCAACACCCUAUGCAUGGGAUCAUCCGAUUUUACCCAAAAAGCUUGUUAUAGAAUUCCCUGGUCCAAUCACUAAAACAUAUCGUUUAGGUAAUCUAGAAGAAAACUCGAUAGUAUCUUUUAAAAAUCCAAAUAACCCAAAUGAAAAAGUUGAUUUAGAAGUUACAAUUACAGCCAACGGUCCAACAAGAGUAAUGAAUAUUGUAGAAAAACAAACCAGUAAACCAUCAUCACCUUAUGUUUUCUCACCAAAGAUGUCAAGUCAAAUUAAUUCAAAUGAUAAUGAAGAGCCUGAAGAAUCAAAUAAUAAUUUAGCAUUAAACCAAAAAUACGAAAUAUCAAUAGAUUUACAUAGCAUUGGAAUUUCGAUUAUUAAUAAAAUUCCAACAAGAGAAGAAAUUGUUUAUAUUACAAUAGAUGGGUUAAAAUUAGAUUUUAAACAAAAUAAAACAGAUCAAUAUAUUCAAUUUAAAUUAGAUGACUUGCAAAUUGAUGACCAAAGAUAUUCAACAAACUUCCCUGUAUUCUUAUGUCAAAGUAAAAAAGUUAACUAUGGCCAGUCUUUAAAUAACAAUAAUAAUAACAAUAAUAAUAAUACAACAUCAAAUAACCAAUCGAUUGUACCAAAAAAAUCAAACUCAAUCCCAUUUUUACAAUUAAGUGCAACAAGAUGCAUAAAAUAUCAAAAUAUUAUAUUUUUUAGAUAUUUUACAGUUUUAAUUCAAGAGUUUGACAUUAAUUUGGAUGAAUCAUCAAUUUUAAAUGCACUUUCAUUUAUAAAUAUUAAUUUAAAUAGUUUAAAUGAACAUUUUACACUUCACCCAACUAUUACCCAAGAAGAAAUUUUAGAGACCAAAAAUGCAGCAAAUAUUCAAAACCACAUGAUUUAUUUCGAAAUGCUUCACAUUCAACCAAUUAAAGUAAAUCUUUCUUUUGUUAGUUGCAAAUCACCAAAAGAAACCCAAGCAAUUUUAGGUGCACGUUCAUUAGCAGAGCUUUUAAUAGGCUUUAAAUCAAAUUCACCAUUUUUAAACAUUGAAAGAGCACCAAUUAAAUUUAAUGGUUUUAUUUGGGAACAUCCUUUUUUAAGUACCGGUCAAGUCAUUGAUGAAAUUACCUUACACUUUUCAUAUCAGCUAAUGAGCCAAGCUCACAAGAUAUUUGGUUCAUUCGAUUUCAUUGGUAAUCCAAUUCGUUUAGCAGAAUCACUUGGUAGUGGUUUCCGUGAUUUCUUCCAUGAACCAGCAUUGGGCUUAGUUAAAAGUCCUCAAGAUUUUGCAAUGGGACUUUCUAAAGGUACAUCUAGUUUAGUAAACAAUUCUGUUUUUGGUUUCUGUGAUUCUGCCUCUAAAAUUACUGGAACAAUUUCUAAAGGUUUGGUUCAAUUGUCUUUGGAUGAUCAAUAUAUUAAAGAGCGUCAAGAAAAUAAUAAAGUUAAACCAAAAGGUGUUAAAGAAGGUUUAGAAUUUGGUAUUCGUGAUUUUAGUGAAGGUGUUAUUAAGGGUAUCACUGGUAUUAUCGACGAACCACUUAAAGGUGCUACUCAAGAGAAAUCCAUCGAAGGUUUCUUUAAAGGUGUAGGCAAAGGUAUGUUGGGUAUAGCAGUUAAACCAACUGUUGGUGUUUUCGAGCUAAUGACAAGAACCUCUGAAGGUAUUAAAAACUCUACCUCUGUCGCUAAAUCACUAUUACAAAUUAAAAGACGUCGUAUUCCACGUUAUUUCCCAAGAGAGGGCACAUUAUCUCCAUAUAAUGCAUUUAAAGCAAUCGGAUCAUUCAUUCUAUAUUCUAAAAUAGGUCCUCCACCAACCCAUGAUUGGUAUGUUUUCCAUUCAAUACUCAACAAAGAACAGCUUUUAGUUGCUUCAAAUUAUCAGCUUUUAUUAAUAAACUUUACAGAUCAAAAUAAUCUAUUAAAUGGGGGUCACUGCGAAAUUGUUUGGAAAGUAAAAUUCAACGAUAUCGUUCAAAUUAGAAAUAGUUCAAGCAAUACAUUCAUCCAACUAACUUUUUCAAAUGGCGAAAACACUCAAACCUCUGCAGUUACUAUCCCAACUCCAAAUGAAGAUAUUAGAAAUGGUGUAGUUAGAAAAAUUAAUGAAUUGGUUCUAUUUGUCAAAAAGUUUGGUAUAAUGGAUUAA